GCUUUCUCUCUUUUUAAAGACUGUAAACAGACCUUGACAAUUGAUAAACAUCUCUUAUCCAUUCUGUUAAGAAGACUUCAAUCCCUUAUGGGUAAGAAUAGAAGGGAUGAUAAAACACAGAUGACUCAAUAGAGCUUUUAUUGAGCAAGCUGUAAGGGAUUUUUUUCUAAAAUGGAAGUUUAAAAUACAGUAUUGAAAUGAUAUUAGAGUGAAGUGAGAUAGUUCAUUAACAUUAUGAGGCACAAUGUGUACUUUGUCAUUAUGCAAACAUGAAAUGGACUGAUUUGAAAGCUGGUCAUUAUAUUAAUGGCUGUGUGCAUACUGUGAAACAAAGUAGUUUAAUGCUUCGUACCUAACCUUAUCACUCAGAAUUAUUUACUUAGUCCAUCUGCUGAGAGAUUGAAGAACCGUCCAUUUGAAUGACUUGAAUAUUUAGUUCAGAUCACCAAUGGGAUAGUAUUGUGAUACUAAUGGAUUACACUAUUGUACAGCUGACAUUGGGCAAUGCAAACAAAUAUAACGUUUACAAGCCAUUCAGGCAAUUUAUAAGAGUGAGUAACAUUACUCUACUUGACAGAAUAAGGCAAAAUCCCAAUCUUAUCAUCAUACCUUGUGGUUUGAUGAAGCCUUUUAACAAGGUGUUCUGAGUGGAACAAUGAAUCCAAUUGAAACCUCUGACUGGAAAUCCAAAUGUAACUGUGCAUUAAUCAUUUAACUUUGAUUUGAAUUCCAAUUAUUCUGGAAAAGGACUCUAAGGAUAUUUUGAAGGUUGUGAAAUUGUAUGAGAAUUCCAUUCUGAUCAGCUGACGAGAGGCAAAUGCUCCUAUUGCAGAGCGAUGAGUACUUGGACUAUCUUUCAGUAGAAGAGAGGGAAUGUCUCAUGUUUCUUGAAGAAACAAUUGAUGCAUUAGAUAUUGAAGACAAUAAUGGGGUAUCUACUGAAGAAUUGGAGCAAACUAAACAUUCCAGUGAAACUGAGAAUAUGCUAGAAAGACCUACCCUGUCACACCCUGAAUUAGGACAUAGUCAAGUUACAGAACCUGAUGGAAAAAUCCCAAGAGCAGUUUCAGCAAACAAGAGCAACAGCACUGAAUUCAUCUCCCUACAGGCGGUGCAGGAAAAUUCCGGAGCAUAUAAAUUCCCCCGGGCAGUUUCACCACACAGCAAUAAAAAUUGUACUGAUUCCACAUCCUCACAGAUGGUGCGAGCUAAAACUGGAGCAAAUACCCUGCCUAAAUAUACCCAAAAACCUAGCGCUGAAAGCAAAAGCAUGGUAUCCAAUCAGAUAUCUGAAUCCAGCAGAAACCCCAUUCUUUCUGAAGAUACAAGACAAAGAUCCAAUAGUGCGAUAGUUCAGCAUGAAUUGGUGGAAUCUAACGAGGAAAAGACCAAGUUAGGACCUCCCACAGCCCCAAAACCCCGGAAACUGCCAUCCAAUAUCAUAUUAAAAAGCUUCCAGAAGAAUGAUAAUCAAAUGGUACCUAAUACAAACUCUCAGAAUAGCUUUAAGGUGCCAAAAGGUGCUGCACGAAACAAUGGAUAUAAUUUGUCUAGGGACAACAGCACCGAUGGAGAAGUAAAACAAGCAAGAAUGCAAGCCUUGAGCAAGUUAGGAUUGCUGUCAGAGCCAGAUGGCCAGAAAAACAAUUCAGCAAGUCCUCCAAGUCUGAAAACAGAGGGGACAUCCAUCAGUCAGACAGUCAUACCAAGUAAUGAAACUAAAAGGAGCCAACCAAAAAUGUCAGCAAGAGACACCAACAGCCUGAAACGUCCAAUUGGAAUUGGGCCUCCUUUAAUCCAUUCAGCAGCCACUGCUGCUGAUCCUGGCAUGAAUGGCAAUGCAAAUAAAACGACAAGUGUGACUGUGGGGAAUGCAAAUAAACUGCAAUGGCAGUUGGGUUUCACAAAAUCGAGCAGUUUAAAAAGAUUUACAGCCAGCGAAAAUGCUCCUCCAACCAUGAGCUUAGGUCCUACCCGAAACAGCAUGCCAACUACCACUGCCCUUAACCCUGGCAUGAGCAACACACUCCCUAUUGCAAGAAGACCAGCAAAUGCAAGUGAGGGUGAAGUAAAAAAUAUAAAUGCAGCACAGUGGCAGUUUGGUGCCACAAAGGCAAGUAGCUUAAAGAGGUUUGGAACAGCUAGUGACAAUAACCAGCCCACCUUGUAUUCUGGUGCUGCUCGAAAUACUUCGAUUGGUGCUGCGUCCGCAUUUGCUGAGAACACAAGCAGUAGGCCCAGACCUGUGUCAAUUUGCUCCGAGAAGGAUUUGUCAGCCAAGCACGGAUCUACAUUAGAAGUUGUAUCAUCCAAUAAACCAGGGAGGAAGUCUUUUCCAAUAACAAUAAACCAUAUUUCCGCCAAAUUUCAGAAGUCUCCACCAAAGGCACUUAAUGUGCAAGUUGCGCCGCCGGGACCAACCAGUAAAGACCAUAGAGAAGCACUGAAAAAACUUGGCCUUCUGAAAGAAUAGAAGGGAGUUUAAAAGGCUGCACAGGAUCCGGUAGACUUGAGAGAGUUCCGUCAACAUGCUGGGAAAAAAACUUAUCUAAAAUGGGCAAUAACUUGCUGCCACAUGAAGCCAUAGAGUCAUUGCAAUCUCCAGCAUGGGAAUGAAGCUGUAGAAUUAAAAUGUGGUUAAAGACAUCAAUUUAAAACAUGCUGUUUUAUUUUGUGUAUUUAGUUAAAUUAAUAUAACUACUGCAAUUUUUCCACCUUUUGAUAUACAAGGCAUUUCCUGCCUGUUCAUCUUGAUUCAUUUUGUGGAAUAUGACUGCCAAAGGCUUGGUACAAAAUGCAAGACAACUUUGUUUUUCAAUAUGUGUGUCCAGGGUUGGACUUUUGCCCAAUUGUUGAAACCAAUAACUGAGACUUAAUUAGAGAUUCUAUUAACUCUCUUACCAGAAGCAGACCUAUUAUUGUUGUCCAAGUACAACGAAAGACUUCUUUCAAGAAUGUGACUUGCAGUAGAAAUGACUGUUUUAAAAGGAGGACAUUUUGAAAUAAUGACUUGUAUAGUACGGCUGUUCAGAGAAUUUUUGGUUUUUAUUGAAAACAUUGUUUUAAUUAUGGCACUGUAAAAGUAUAAUCAUAAGUGCAUUCUGCAUUAUUGUAUGAGUGGAAUGUUCCGUAUAGAUACUUUAGGUAUCUCAUUAGAAAAAACAUUCCAGCUCUGCCCAUUUAUUUCCUGCAUCACUUCACAAUUUUGUAAUUAAUUCCAUAACAUACCAUUAAAUCUAUUUAAAAAUUGA